ACCGCAGUGGGGAGCGGGCGGCCAGGCGCACCAUGGACUCGGCCCCCGAGGGAUACGAGCUCAACGGUGACCUGCCGCCGGACUCGCCCGGCGCCCCGGAUACCUGGCCCCCACUCUGGGGCCGGGGCGGGCCCAUCAACGUGAACCACUACACCAACAAGAAGAGCGCGGCCGAGAGCAUGCUGGACAUCGCCCUGCUCAUGGCCAACGCCUCGCAGCUCAAGGCCGUCAUCGACCAGGGCCCCGGCUUCGUCUUCUUCGCGCCCCUGGUGGCCCUCAUCUCCAUCUCCCUGGUGCUGCAGGUCAGCGUGGGCGCGCUGCUCCUCUUCCUGGUCAGGUACGACCUCAACAACCCAGCCAAGCACGCCAAGAUGGACUUCCUCAACAACCUGGUCACCGGCCUCGUCUUCAUCAUCGUGGUGGCCAACAUCCUCAUCACGGCCUUCGGUGUCCAGAGGCCGCGGCAGUAGGCUCCGAUGCCCUGCCGACGCCGCCACCGCCACACAGACCCUAGGAGCUGCCUCGGCCUGGGCGCUGCACCCUGAGAACGCCAGAGCCAGGACUGGGCUGGAGGACACUGGCCAGUGAGUCCUGCUCCACCCGUGGCUUCUCCCCCUGAAGCAGGGGCAGAGAGGCCAGAGGCGGAACGACCCCAAGGUGGGCCGUGGCCACAGACACGCGGCAGGCUGAAGGAGGGCGGUCAGGCCAGGGCCAGCCCUCGUCUUGGGCCAUUUCCAAAAGGACAAAGAGAUGCCUCUCGGCCAGCACACCGCCAGGGCCUUGGCCACGCCCUUCCUGCCUAGGACCCGGGACCAGCAGCUUCCCAGGCCCCGCCCUCCCCGCCCCCAGCCCCGCUUUUCUAAGCACAAAUGACCAAUAAAACGAUUGCUCCUCCAA